CAUAGAUCCUUCAGUGGCCUAAGUUAUCAUGUAGAAUAUGUAAUAAUACAAAUACAAUACAAUCGGUGAAAUACAUUGUUUUAACAGCUACUUAUAUAUAGAAUGUAUAAUAUGUCGUAAUACAAAUACUACAGUACAUUACAUUAAAUUGGUAUGUUGGUAUUUGUGGUUGGUAAUCCUUUAGGACAUACAGCAGUUUGUGUUUUCAGAAGUAAGGAGUCAUUUGUGGUAACGGCCGUGUCUAAGGCCUGGAGUAUCGUUUUAAAAGUGAAAUAGUGAUUUUAAAAUGGCACCUAAGGGUGAAGAUAUUUUGAAAGGUUUUCAAGUAAAUUGGAUGAACUUGCGAGAUGCCGACACUGGAAAAAUUUUAUGGCAAUUGAACGAAGACCUGUCUGUUCCUGAAAUUGAGCAUGAAGCAAGGGUUCCAAAAAGGGUGCUGAAAUGUCGAGCAGUGUCAAGAGAAAUAAACUUCUCUUCAGUUGAACCAAUGGAAAAGUUUAGACUGGAACAGAAAGUGUUAUUUAAGGGACGAUGUCUUGAAGAAUGGUUCUUUGAAUUUGGUUUUGUUAUACCAAAUUCUACAAAUACAUGGCAGUCAUUAAUAGAAGCAGCACCAGAAUCACAAAUGAUGCCUGCAAACGUUUUGAAAUAGUUCUUCGGGGUCAGUUGUCCAAAUAAGCCUGAAAAAUCAACAAAUCAGCUAUUUCUUCAAGUGGUGUUGAGUAAUCAUCAUAACAAGCAGUCAUCAAGUAAAUCCUUUCACUCCUAACAAGGUCCUUCAACCAGAAUCGCCCAUAUAUUUUAGAUAACCAAAGCAGUGCAUGUCGGCAGAAAGCAAGCAGCAAGCAUUCAUAACAAGACUGAUUUCAGUGAGGAUGAGGAAAACAGGCUUCUACUUGUUACCAGAAACAGCAGUAAGAAACCUAUGAAAUGCAGAAUAUCCUCUAAACAGGAAAAUAUAAUUAUCUUCAUCAAAUGAUGGCACAUUUCUUCCACAUGAUAGUGGAGAACCUGAAUUUUCAGAUGGAAACAAGUGUGUGGAAUGUUUGGAACUUUAUGAGGAAACUAAGUCUACAGCAGAUUGGAUUCAGUGUGUUGUAUGCCUCAGGUGGUUGUGUGAGACAUGCACAUUACAUCCACAAAUGUGCUGAGUUUACAGAAGACUGGAAAAGGAAAAAAAGAAAAUGCCAAGAAAUUUCAAUGAAUUGCUUUUUUUUAAGUGCAUAUCAUUUUAUUUUAACUUUCUUCUUGUUUAUAAGAAUGUAUGUGUGAUAUACCAGUAAACUUAGUAUUAAAACUUCUGUAAGCUGUCUGCUUUAGUUUUCAGCAGUAGUUUAGAAAUGUGCAGCAUCUCUCUUGACUUUAGCCUAGAGAAAUAACAGCAAGAAAGUUGUUGCUACACAUACAAAUUAUGUUUUAUAAAUGUGGAAGUCCUGGAAUUGUAGUAUGCUUCUGGUAUAAAAUAUUAUUAGGCUAAUGAGUAAGCUGCAUGCAAGGAAUUAAUUUGAGAUGUGGAUUUUUUUUAUCUUGCUAGUAAAUUACCCAUCAAAAAUGAUGGGAAAAUAUAUAGUAGUAAAGUAUGGUACAUCAACAUAGUAUCCAGUGUGCAGAUCGCAGAUCAAGAGUUUGUGGACUCCAUACAGGAUGAUAGAAAAUAUUUCUUUAUUACAUUGUUUAAAGAAUUUUGGAAUGCAAAGAAAUUCAAAAUUAAAAUCAUUGCUUAUCUGUGUGUAAUUAACAAAUAUAGCAUCAUUUAAUGUAGUCCAAAUAGUUGUUAUAAAAAUCAUCUCCAACCAACAAUUGUCUGUUGUAUAACUAGAUAAUUACUUUAUGGCAUAUGAUAUUGCAUUCUCAUUUGGAUAUACAUGUACAAGUAGCAUUUGAUAAAAGGUAGGUGCCCCAAGUUCUUUUCAACAAUUAUGCUCUCUUUGUUUCUUCCUUUGUUUGAUUUGGUGUAUGUUUACUCUUAGUUUUGUUCAGCAAGUGGCAAAGGAAACUGACAAUACCCAAAUUCGUAUUUGAAUUUGAAAUCUUUUCUUCUUGUUAGAAGAAGAAAAUGGUCAGUUUGAAAUUGUGUAAAAUUUAUAUUUUUAGCAUCAUUCUACCAAAUAUGUCUUCAGAACACAUUUUCUUGUGUUUUUGUUAAAUUAUAAUAAUUAAAUGAUUAUUUAUGAAUGUUUUAUCAGUUGCAGGAUUAUAUCAUGUUAAUUCAUCUCGUCAAAUGGAUUAUUUUAUCUCAUUUAUGGACACAGUAAAAGGCUAGGUAGUGUUCUUUUUUAGAGCAGAGCAAAAUAACUCAUAAUGGUCUCCUGCUCACCAUAAUUAAAAAUAUAUUAUGAAAUUAACACUGUGGUGUAGAUACUUAAAAAUUCAUUGCAUAUUUUGGCCUUGAUGUAGAGUCAGUUCCAUCUAUCUGUAUCGUGAGAUCCAUUUUAAUGUUAUCCUUCCAUCACCAUCUGUUUUCCAAGAGCUUCUGUUACCAAAAGUGUUUAAUUCUGAUACAUGAAGAUAAAAUAAAUAUUUUCUGGAACUGUGAAAUUGAUCUUAGCUUGAAACUUGCAUUUAUAUUAAAAUAAGAUUAUGAUUAUUAGCAACUGAAUUGUAAUAGAAUAUUCCUCAUUUAUCUUACAGUGGAAAUGUUGUUAUUGAGACUAAGUUUUUUGAUGAUGACCUUUUGGUGUCAACAUCAAGAGUUCGCCUAUAUUAUGUAUGAAGAGUCAACAUCAAGAGUUUGCUGAUACUGCUUAUGGAGGUGUGUGUAUCAGAAGGAUGAACUUAUGGCAAAAAUGCUUCAGCACUUAACAUUCUUCCUUCAUUUGAUGGCAACCAUUUAUAGUGAUUUAAUGAAGAAUGUCACUUGUGAUCUGACUCAAUUCUUUUAGAGCCUAAAAUUACAGCGAUAUAAUUUUUCAACGUUUAGUGAUGCACUUGCGGUGUUACGUUUAGUCUUUGUUGGUUUUCUGAGGUGCUUUUCUGUAACAUUUGCAUUUGUUGCUCAUGUUAAAACAUAGACAGUACAAUGACAGCUAUAUCACAUUCAGGGUUCAACAGGUUGUUAAAAAAAGUAGUUUAACUUUUAACUUGGAAUUGUAUUGUUAUACUGACUAGCAUAAAAUAGUGUUAUAAGACAUAUAAAAUGGAGCUAAAGACUUGUUUUUCUCAAAUUUCCAAAUGUUUUCACAUUUCCAAAGUUUGACGUCAACCAGUCUUCAUUUGUAUGUUGUAGUCAUUCCUGUCCCUAAGUGUGAAAGUGGUAUAAAUGAAUUCCACUCAUUUGCCAACAAAUACAUUCUGUGGGACUGAUUGUGUUACUUUUCAGCUGAGUGAUUAAUUUGUGUGUCUGGUAAUGAUAGAUCAGAAAAGCAUCAUUGUUAAUUCAGGACACUGAUGCUAGUAGGAAUUGAAUAAUGACCAGCUAUUAUUUCAAAAAUAUUUGUCGUUUGUAUAACUACUCCCAUUAAAUUAUCCAUGAAGGGUUUAUUACAUAGGAAUUGCUGCUCACAUCUUAUAGGAAACUUUCUAACCUGUAGAUGCACAGGAAAUGGCUCUAAUAAUUUUAUUUUGUGUAUAUGAUAAGUUUCUGUGAGAUAUAUUGCUUGUGAUUCGAUAAAAUAAUCCCAGUCCAAUUUUGAAUGGAAUUUCAUGUAAUUGUGUGCAAUAUCACUGCAUAAUUUGUGCAUUACCGACCAAUGAUGUUAAAUAUCUUGUGGUUAUGAGAUAAUAUAUUUGUAUAAAACUGAAAA